UGACUCUCAAAAUGGUAGACGAACAUUUAGAAAAACAAACUACUAGAUGCAAACACCCAUAAUCACUUGAUAGACCAGGAACCAUGAACCAAAUCUUGAAAUAAUGUAGAAGCAAUGGCAGAUCCUCCUCAGUUUCAUUUUCCUGUUGGAAAAGAAACAGAACAUUCAAUCAAACUUCUUUACAAGUUUUUUUGCAACAAUCUUUUCCUUGGCCAGUGGGAAUUAGCACGAUCAUGUAUAGCAAGAUUAAAUGAUGAGAAAGCUUGGUUGAAAGUAGACAUCAGGAACAUAUUAACUGAUAUAAUAAAUUAUCCAUUUAGUCGUAGCAUUGCAAAUCAUGAUAUUGGAUCUAGUCAUCAAUUGUCCUGGUUGUGUCUUCAGGAAUAUAAACUGUUACUGGAAGACAAAGAAAAGGAGGAAAAAGACAAUGUUCUGCUAGAAAAAUCAUGUGAAUUUCGGAUCCUUCUAUUGGAAGCCUGUAUAGAUGCAGCAGAACAAAUUAUAAAAGAUUUGUAUCUUUACCAGAGAGCUGUGUCGAAAACAUAUUAUGAUGAUGAAUCAACAGACCAGCCAGUAUCACUGACCACAGAUUUAUUAAAAUUUCUCAGAGACAAACUCUUGGAAAACCCAUUAUUAGGUCAUUCUGUCAUAUGUUCAAUAUAUGCAUGUUCAAAGCAUUCACAGUACAAGAAAAACAAUGAAAACCUUCAGGGUUUAUACAUUAAAGCAGUUAAUAUACUUUUGGAUAAGAUUUCUAAUUCUCAGCAGAAAAAUCAACAGGAAAAUAUUGAAAAAGUAGAAAAAGUGUACAAAAUUAUCUCUUUAUAUAACCCUGAAGGUAAGCAAUACCAGAACUAUCUCCCCAUUAGAGAGCUUUUUGCUAGAAUCUAUGAACUGUCUGUAACAGAUGACCCUCUGAUAGACAGACAUAAAGUUUUAUCUGUGAUCAUUGGUCGAGAGAAUACCUAUUUAGUAGAGGAGUUUUGCAAGGUUGAAUAUGACCUUGAACUAAAAUUCUUUUUAUCAACUGCAAGUUACCAUGGAGAUGAACUUUCUGAAGAACAAAAAUGUCUGUUAACUGUAGUAAACCAGAGAGAAAAGAAACAGCAGAUGAGAUUGCUAUUCCUUAUGUGCAUAAAGAAACAGCAACACUUUUUAAAAAUAGUUGUGGAUACUUCUAUAGCUUUGAUAAAGACAGGACAGUUUAAGUUAUUGAGAAUGUUAUUAGAACCAGUAGAAUUUCAGCCCCUGAAGCCACUUUUACUGCUUCAUGGUUGGUCUUAUUGCCAUUCUUGUCAAACUGCUAAACAGCUGCUUGAUGCUUUGUGGAGUGAAGAGUCCUCCUGCUUUCAUCCAGCAUUACAGACAGGAUGUAGUAAACUUGCUUAUCAAAUUGAUUUAAUACAAUGGUGUCUGGAUAAAACAAAACCACUUGUGGCAGAAGUUUCUUUAACAAAUCAGCAUCAGAGAGCAGCAGACAUGUUUACAGGUUUAGAAAACCAUUCAGUCUUGUAUGUUCUUCAUCAGUCUACAAGAAUUGCCUCUCUUUACCAGCAGGAAGUAUUAGACAUUCUCCAGAAAAGUCCAUUGGAAAAUGAUAAUAGUGGAGAAACAAGAUCAAGGGUAAAAGCUGUGACCUUUGCAGAGGACACAGAGGAAAAAACUACUGAUAAAGAGACGGACCAGUCAUUAGAUAUAAACAUUGAGCGUUGGAGAGAUAUUUCUAUAUUUAGCGGCUACUGUGCUGUGAAGAAUGUGAUGGACGCAGUUUAUUUCUGUAUUGAUUAUUCAGAUGGUAAAAUGACCAAUCCAAUUCAGAGAAAAGACUAUCGCAGCCACAGUAUACUUUCUAAUUCUGAUUCCAGUAGUGUUCAGUCUAAAACAUCAAGUGAAAUUAUUAAAUUAAAUUUUCAGAAUAUUUAUACAAAAAAUGUAACUGAAAAAUUAAAAUCAGCUCGUGAAUACCUCUCAAAACUUCAACCACUUACCUACAGAGUAGAAAUUAUAGAAGAUAUUUAUUCUCUUUUGUUUGUAAAUCAUGAAUGUAUUCAGGAAUCAGCUUUUUAUGAAGAAUUUGAUAGUGACGAAGACUUUAAGGAAGAUGAUUAUAGGAGAAAUAAUACAGAAGAGAAUUCUCGCAUGAGUACUUUUUCUGAAGAUAGUUUGACAUCACCAGAGCCUGCUUCCCCAAGGAAUGAAAAAAAAGUAUUUGAUCUCACAAAUGAUGAGUUUAAAAGUUCAUUAUCAGGAUCUUAUGAUGAACCAUUUAUGGAAAAACAUCCUAAAAAAGUUGAAAAGAUUAAAAAAUUGACUUCUAAUUAUAAUGGGUUUACAGAUUCAGAUAACCUGCAGAAAUUGGGCAAAAACAAAACUGAAGUUUCAAAAAGGAGUAAAGGCAUACACAAUGAUAGAUUAACACAACCACCUUUAGAAAACCGUGCAUGUGAAAAUGACAGUACAUUUAGCACAGAUAGUUCACUUGGUUUAAUCAGUGUUGGAUUUUUGAACAAUGAGUAUUUGGUUCGUGAUAUUCUGGACAUGCUUAAGGAUGCAUUAUUAGAUUUGGAAGGAGCCUUGUUUCAUGUUAGAGGCUCAUACUCUGAAAAAAGUAGUUCUUCAAAAAAGUCUUCUAAAAAACAAACUUGCAAUAAAAUCAUAGUUUCUAUAGAGGAACCAUUAACAAACAUCGUACAGUGUAGCGUUACUAAGGAAUCCUUACAAAAAAGGAUCAGCUCAUUAAGACAUUACAUUCAUGAAGCUCAUUGGAAAUAUCAGUUAGUUUGCCAUGAAAAAAUACCAAGGGAACCAGGUGAAGUUCUGUUAGAACCAAUUGUGGUUUCUAUGGGAAUACACGAAGAAGAAAUAUGUACAGAUUUGAUUGGACAAAAAGAAAGAAAAAGAAGAUUAUCAGAGAGGAGUCAAAAAUUAUAUAAAACACCUAGUCCUUUACCCCCAUUUGAAAGUGAAUCCCAAGGUGGGGACAGUGGUAAUGAUGGUGGACGUGUCAUAAAGAGAGCAAGGUCAAGGAGUAGAGGUCGUAGUCUGUCCAAAAGUAAAUUCCCUGCUGGAAUUAUCUCUCUUAUGUUGUCAUCUCCUGAGACCUUACUGAUAAUGUGUGUACAGAGAUGUAACUAUAACCAGGCAUCACAAGUUACAAAGUUGAUGAAACUUGAAGAUAGGCCAGAAGCUGUUGAAGUCAGUUUUGCUCAACGUUAUGCCUCUGCUGUUAAAAAAUUACACAGUCUCAACUUAGGGUUACAACGGACAACACCAGCCAAUCCAGGAAAACUUAGUUUGAAAGCACUUGGUUCUGUUGCCGCUUCUGGUGUGGCUACUGUAUCGGUAUCAAGUGUUGCAGAUGAACUGUUAUCUCUCCAAAAAUUACCCAAAAUACCUCAUCCAAAAUGUCAGGUUGUUCAAACAUCUAAGUUAGAUAGAUGUUUUAAACAAGAGAACUGUCCAUCUAUGAUAUUAUUUGACCUUUUAUGCACUGGAUGUAGGUCAUGGGAAAUGUGCAAUAACAUGAUUGAUGCUAUAAGGUCAAGGAGAACAAACAAUGGCUCAGAAAAAUCUGAUAAUAGAAAAACGAGAUCUCAUUCAGAAAGAGGAGAUAAAGUAUCACAUCGAUUAAAAGAUUUAUGGGAAAUUACAGAACAGUUUGAAACUUUACUUCAACUUGGUUUGGAUCUUGAUGGACAUCAAAAACAGUUCUGUAUAAAUAAUGUGCUUCAUACUUUCUAUAAGCAUAGCAUACAAGCUCUACUGAAAACAGCUACUAUUCCAAUAUAUUCUGAGAAUGCCAACAUGUAUGCUAAACUUCUUACAGAUUUGAAAUUUUCCAUAGAUAAAGUUGAACACGUGUUUCAAAUAUAUGGGAAACUUCCUUUAGAAGGGCUGAUACACAAAUCUCCGAAGACUAGUCCGUACUCAAGUCCAAAUUCAAGAGGCAGUAGUCCAAGAGCAUCUCCGAGUCCUAAUUCAAGAGGUAGUACAAGAGUAUCUCCCUCAAAAAGUGGAGAUGCAUUUCCUUCUGACAAACCAGUUAUCCACAAUGCCAUGAAGAACUUGAUCGGAGUACUACAGAAUGAUUUGCCACCAGGUGGACUUUAUCGUUUGUUUGUGAGGACUACAGCUAAAGAAAAUGUGACUAACAGAGAUUACCUACAGAAUUUAUAUGACCAUUUGAAAGGUUUAGCCAUUGUUGUAGCAGAGAGUGAAGCAACAUCUAAGGAAAAUUUUGUGUUACCAAAGAAUUAUUUUAAGAUGCUAGAUGAAGGGCCAAUCUCUACUUUAGGAAGACUGAUGUUUUCUAAGAAGAUACCACCAUAUAAAUUAGAAAGAGUGGCAAAGAAACUGAGUUUAAACCUUAAUCAUAUAAUAGUACACAGCUGUUGUCCAAAGAUCCCCAGUAAACAGCUGCCAGCACUAACAUCAGGGUUCAGACUCAAUAAAGUAACUGUAAAAGGUUCACACUUGGUGAUGAACCAACAAGUUCCGUUCCAGCGAAGGAAUACUGUCAGUAAUCCAGAACCAGUGGUUAGAGAAAUCAUGACAAAACUGGUAUUCCUAAUGAAAGACAUUGCUAAGCAGAACAAUGCAAAAGGAAUAUUUGAAAUAUCAAGCGCAAAAAUGAUGAUUAAGACAGCAGAGUUUGCUGACAUCAUUUGUUCUACACAGAAGUUGAAUGGAGCAGAUCUCGAUAAACUUCAAACAAAGGAAGAAAAAGUGUCAUUCUUUGGAAACUUGCAAAAUCUCAUGUUUAUUCAUAUGUGUUUAUACUUGAUAGACGAUGCUGUAACAAAAAUGGAAGAAAAUAAUGACACAAGGGGAGAUAAAUCAGCUGUGUGUUUUACUGAUUUAAAUCUGAUAGAUCAGCUGUUACAUCUCAAUAUGUUCAGUUACAAUCUGGGUGAGAUGGGUGUUGUCAGUUUAUUUGACGUGAAGUAUUUGAUAAACAGAAAUGGACUGUUACCCCCAUCUAAAUGGAAUGGUUUGUUGGAAAACAGGAUAUCAGAACUAGACAUUGAAGAUCCAUGGAACAGAUAUAUCCCUUCUCCAGACCCUAGAAUACUGUUUGUAACAACUAACUGUACAAAUCUGUCACCUGCAGUUCAGAUACUGAUACCAGAAUUACUGAAGUCUCAGUUACAGUUAGCUAUGAGAGGAUAUCUUGAUGAUGGUGUCUCUGUUAACAAAGAUAAUAGAAAGGUUACUAUUCCUCAGCUCUUAUUGUGGUAUAAACAUGAUUUUAGCCACCAACAAGUUCAGGAGUUUAGUGCAGAAAAUGAGGGAAUUAUUCACAUAAUAGCAGGUCACAUGACAGGACAGCAGCAGACGUCACUUCAGGAAUUAUUAGAGAUAGAUAGAGUGCAUUCAUACUCAGGAGAAAAUAUUGAUGAAACAGGUAGAAAAGAAUUACCAUUCAAAGUUGAAGAACAGUCAGUAAGAGGAGAAUUUCUAGUCGCUUUUGACAAUACACAUCUCUUACAAAAUCAGAUAUUUACAAAAGGACAUAAAAGAAUGACUUCACUACCAAAGAAUAUUGAUUUGUCUUUAAGUAAAUCAGUGACAAGUAGCACAAAAAGUUUUGGUAAAUAUGCUCCAAAAAAUUCUCUUACUCCAGCAACAUUAGAGUAUGUCAAGUCAGAAUGCCCUCUAGUGGCGACCUUGGUUAGUUUAGUCUGUGAUGAUGAACUUGAUGACAUUGAUCCACAGUUUGCAGAAGAUCAUUUUUCUGGAGAAGAAAAUUUAAGAGGAAGGGCACCUUCUGAAAUUAGUCUUGUUGAUAUCAGAAGUUAUCGUUAUCAAAAACUAACAGACAGUUAUCCCUCUCUGAAACAACAUCUACUGAACUAUAUUGUUCCAAUUGCUGGUUCACAGGAUGAGGAGAUAAUUAAGAGCCGAGACCCAGUGUUAAAACUUAUCACUAGUUCAAUAUCUGAUAAACUGAAAGCUUGUAUGCUAUGCCUGCAUUGCAGCCUACCAUUCCAAGAUGUUGUUAAAUCUGUUUUGAACUCAUUAAUAACAGGUUCAAAAUGGCUGAAAAUUCUUGAAAUUUUGCAAAGUUUUCCAUCCACAGUAAUACAAAAUGAUCCAAAGUAUGCAGCUUUAACAGAGAUAUCAUUAGAAUGUAUAAUAUUCCAUCGCCUUUCUCAAUCACCAUCUCCAAGCAAAUUGGUAGCAGAUGAGAUUUGCAGUGCUUUAAAACGAUUCAAUGAUUGCACAAAAGCUUGUCAUAUACUUUUAUCGAUAUAUAAAAAGCUUCCAUUAGAUGUAGUUCAGGAUUUGUUUCAUUCAUUUGAUAAUGUUGAUAUUGAUAACCAGUUAAAAGAAACAGUUGCCACAAAACAAAAGGAAAUAAAUCUUUAUAUAAGGAUAACAGAGUGUGCCAAAACUUUACAAGUAAAGUUAUCAAUGUCCACAGACUUCCAUCAUCCUGGAGACAAGGGAGACUACUAUAGUUUCUUGGAAAAGUUUAAUGAUUGGAGAAAUAUAAUGACAAUUAUUGCCCCUGAUGAAGUCUUUACAGUAUUGCUGAAAGCCAAAGAUUAUGAAACAGCCAAAAAGUGGUGCUAUAUGAAAAAUUUCAGAAAGGACCAAUGUAUGACUGUUGUAGAAAGACAGUUGUUAUAUUUACUGAAUGGAAAAAUGGUGGAUACUACAAAAGCCUUUCUCAUUUUGGAGGAUCUGAGGGAAGAAGAUGGAACCAGUUGUUUUGAGAUUUGUAAUAAACUGCUGGAAUCACUGAACCAUCAGAGAGAAAUCUUGUUUAUUGUCAGUUAUAUGCUGAAAUAUCUUACUAUACCUCAAGAAAAACUAGAUGAAUAUAAACUGAUCAAAAUAGGAUCAAAGGCUCUCCUAUGUUUGCCCACUUCUAUCCACAAUGGGUACAAUCAUCUGGUGAAAUCUCCACAUCUCCUACUAGAACAGCUUCUGAUGAAUAUGAAGAUUGAACUGGCUGGGAAGGUUUACAGUGCAAUCCAAAGUGAACUAGACAACUUUGAAUCUUCUGCAAUUAAUCUCAAGAAAGAUGUAUUUAACAAUCUAGUUACAACUUAUGCCAAGAAAGCUUUAGAUUUCACAGUUGUCAUGGUCCCUAUUUUAGAGUUUUGUCUUGUAAAUAGAAAGAAAGACAGAAGUCAGUCUGUGAUGUCAACAGCCUCCUCAGACAGAUUAGAUGGACCAUCAGAUUUGCCUCCCACUCCAACAAAGACAUCGGUUUUCUCAGAGUCUGUCAGAAGCCAGAGGAGGGGCAUUGAUAUAUCAGCUUCACCAAGAGCUUCCAUCAGUGGACCAUCAGGAAUGUCACAUAACAAAAUAUCACCCACAAAGAAGUCAAAGUUCAAUGCUAGUAAAUUUGUCAUGCCCUUAGAACCACCAAGUCCUGAUAAAUGGCAACCAGAUAACUCGACAGAUAAAUGUAUGGUCUGUAAAGAAGAGAGAUUCAGCAUGUUUAAUAGAAGACAUCAUUGUAGAAGAUGUGGCCGUGUGGUGUGUGGCACAUGUUCUACCAAGAAAUCUACAGUUAAGAAUAUUAGUGUGAGAACUUGUGAUGACUGUUACAAACAAAUAUUUGGAGACAGAAUUCAGGAAGUUGUAGAAGAAGAAAUGUACAAACAGAGGGGAGAUAACUCAGCACAAUCUAGUUUAUCUAGAACCAUGAGUCCAGGACUACAUGUUAUAGAAGAGCCCCUUAGUAUGGCUGACACUAUACAACACACAGAGAUGCUGUGGAAACUAGAGACUGAUGAGGAUGAAGCUAAUGAAUUUACAAGAGAAGAUUUCUAUUUUGAACAGGCCCCUAGUACCUCAUUAUGUUUAUCUAUACUUGGCCUGCACAGAGAUACUAAACUAAGUGGAAAGUUGAUGUUAGAAAUGUGUGAUGAUUUAUCUAAACAUCUUAAGCAGUUAGCUCCUGGUAUACCCAACCCAGAAGUGGAUUAUAGCUUGCUCCUAAGUAUGAUGAAGACACUGCUGUUCCAUGCUAAGAUAACGUUCAGUAAAAGCACUAAAGGUGCUGAUGGUAUUGUACUGUGUGAUGUCUACCAAAGUCGAAUAGAUUUACUGUCCAUACUGGUAACAGAUAACUUCACAGAUCUACCAUCAUUACAGGAACUCACUAAAACUGAGAUUGUUAGGAGGUUAAGAGAUAAUUUGAUUAAAGAUGAACGACUAGAGUUAGCAGUUGAAGUGUCCACUAAGUGUGGUUUAGAUCCAGCAGGUGUAUGGGCAGAAUGGGGAAUGAAUUGUCUACAGUCAGGAGAUUUACAGGCAGCCAGGGAAAAAUUCAGUAGAUGUCUAAAGCCUCCAACUGACAGAAAUGCUAUACAGCUUCAGCCCUCAAAAAUUAUAACUGAUAUCAUAGACUGUCUUGAAGCCAUGCCAUCUACAGGACAAGGGGAGCUUCAGUUAUUGAUGUCAAGCCCUGGUUCAUUGAAGAAUCUCUUGAGUGCUUCCAUGAAUUUUACAGAGGAAACAGCCACAGAUUCAAUUCCAUUCAAGGAAUGUCUGUAUUACCUGAAAACAUAUGCAUCCUUCAAUAUUAUCAUAGAUUUCUACAGGAGAAAUGGAUACUGGAUGAAAGCUGUGCAGUAUAUACUGGAUCAUAAAUGUUCCAGUGAAGUGUUUGUCGAAGCCUUACUGGUACCUGCCAUUAGCUGUGGAGAAUGGGCUAAGUUGGUAGACCAAAUUGUUAUGACAGAUCCUUCUCUUGAAAGAUGGAAUCUUUACCUGAAAUCUACCUGUAAAUAUUUACUGAAACAGAAGUUACACUACAUUCUGUAUGAAUUCCAGUUAGUUAUGAAGGAUUUUGUAAGAGCAGCCAUGACUUGUAUCACAUGUUUCUAUCAGAGGUCAGCUGAAAGUUACAUUGACCUUGCAGAAAGGAUAUCAUUCCUGUAUAAAGCUCAUAAUCAUCUUCAGUCAUACAUGGAUCCAUCACAGUGGGGAAGUGUCAGUCGACCUCUACCUCAAGGUCCUAAGUCAGGGUCAAGGGAAAGGUCAAAUGAAUCUAACACUGACUCUGGUGUACUCAUCCAGACUGAGGAACAAGUUGGCAAGCAUCUAAAAACGAUCAGUAUCCAGAUAGAAGUGACAAAGCUUUUACAUCAUUGUCUGAAGAACACAGACUCUAAUGCUGCAGCUGUCGCCACUAAGUAUAUAGCUAACUCAAAAUCAUCAACCUUACCUACAAUGUUUGGCACUAAUAAAACAAGGACAGACCUUGUCAACAUGAUCCUGUUGAGUGGCAAUGAAAUACCUCCUGCUUUUGAACUUGGGCUCAGAAUUAUAAAGGAAUGUAAUCUUGGAGGACAAGUUAUUUAUACACAUACUGCUAGAGAGAUGGCUAAACAUCAGAGAUAUGAUCACAUCAGACAGUUACUGGAUUGUCUGGUGAAAGUAGGCAUGGGAGAAGAUGACAUGAUUGAUGAAAUGAUUGGAGCUUGUAUACUUGUGGUGGCUGAUAAUCCAAAUGAGGCAAAAGAGGCAGAAAAUUUAAUUAAACUUCUGAGGAAAGAUUCACACAAGAUCAAUGCCUAUAUUCUGUGUGGUAAACUGAGGUCAGCUUAUCUAAUGGCAGUUAAAGCAGAGAGAGUAGAGGAUGUCCAAAGGAUAGCAGGAGCUGCUCAGAGGAUGGGACAAACAGCGGUCAAAAAUAUAUGUAAUAAAUGGCUAGAACAGAAGAAAAAAACAUGAUCUUUUAACAUGCAGUUUAUUUGUGUUGAUGGUUGUUAAUCCCAAU